CUCUCUCUCUCUCUCUCUCUCUCUCUCCCAUUUCUAAGGAAAUCUAAUAACAGGUUGGAAAGAACUUCCCAGUAUCUGCAUUCUCUAACAGCACCACAAUCAUCAUUAUGACAAAUAUAACUCUCUGAGCAUCCCAAAUGGCACCCUAUUCCCUAAAUAGUGCACUACUUUUGACCAGAGCCUAUAGGGUGUAAUUUGGGACGUAGCAUCUGUCUCUCUCUUAGCCCUGAGGGUUAUGGUGUACUGUAUACUUAACAGGGUCAUGCCAUAAAUACUUAAGAUCCGUUGUACAGUGCUUGUAAUUUGGACUAGGCCACUGUCGACACCCCCCGUGACACUGUCUCUGACCGCUCUAACGCUCAAAGAGGCCCAUUAAAUUCUGCAACAUUUUAGUCAUUAUCAACCCAACAAUUCAAUGCCGUGUGUGUUUGUGCCAAUAAAAUAGUGUCUUCAGUAAAACACCUGCUGCGUCAUUGUCCCUCUGACCGGGGACCCAGGGCGAUUGUCUAUAGUUUAAACGGGCACUUCUCAGAUUUCACCGACCACCAGGUGCCGCUCUUUUUCAAAUACCAAAAUAUAGUUUUUGGGUGGAAUUUUCCUUUAACCCAUCCCUCUUUCAGGAACACAACCAGCCCACCUUUGAGUCUGACUGCAGUUAGCUGGCCCUCGAUGACAUGGACAAUCUGUACAACAGCACUGAACAUCCUUGCCCCUGAAAAAAGUAACAUUCCAAUGCUUGUCCCCUUGGUUCAGUGAGAAUGAAGACUCAUCGCCAUAAGCUUGAGAGACAUUGGAGGAAGGAUGGCCUCACUGUCCACCUACUGGCCUAUAAAGACCACCAGGCAACCUACUCUGCUACCUUAAAAGCAGCAUGAUCAGCCUUCUACUCUGCCACAAUUGACAAUAACAAAGGGGAAACAGAAGAGGAGAAAGAAAAACAAGGAGGAGUUGAGAGAAUCUGACACACGUUGGAUUUAUUGGGUGUUCCGGGUUGCCUCAACGCCAGGAUGUGGUCGUGUAUCACGGACUUCUUCACCUACGAGACCACCAAGUCUGUGGUGGUGAAGAGCUGGACCAUCGGGAUCAUCAACCGCGUCGUACAACUCCUCAUUAUCACCUACUUCAUCGGGUGGGUGUUUGUGCAUGAGAAGGCGUACCAGAUCAGAGACACGGCUAUAGAGUCGUCUGUCAUGACCAAAGUCAAAGGCUUUGGACUCUACAACAACCGAGUCAUGGACGUGGCUGAGUACGUUACUCCCUCUCAGGGGGCCUCUGUGUUCUGCAUCAUCACUAAACUCAUCACCACAGAUAACCAGGUGCAGGGAUACUGUCCCGAGAGUGAGAUGAAAUACAAGUGUACGCACGACAACAACUGCACUAAGUUCCUCAACAAGCCUGGGGGAAAUGGUCUUCCGACCGGCAGGUGUGUACGUUUCAACGACACCCUCAACACCUGUGAGAUCAGAGGCUGGUGCCCUGCGGAGAUCGACUACAUCAAGACGCAUCCUAUGAUGGAGGUGGAGAACUUCACCAUCUUCAUCAAGAACAGCAUCCGUUUCCCCCUCUUCAAUUUCACCAAGGGUAACUUCCUCCCCACCAUCACCCCUCAGUACAUCAAGGCGUGUAACUUUGACCAUGAGAACAACACCUACUGCCCCAUCUUCAGGGUGGGGGACGUCAUCCGCUACGCACACCAGAACUUCACCACGCUGGCACAGAAGGGAGGGGUGAUAGGUAUAAAGAUUGGCUGGAUGUGUGACCUGGAUAAGUCAGAGGAUGAGUGUAACCCCUCCUACUCCUUCACCCGGCUGGAUGCCAUGUCGGAGAAGAACAGCGUCUCCCCUGGGUACAACUUCAGGUAUGCUAAGUACUACAAGAUGGACAACGGGACAGAUUACCGUACUCUGCUCAAGGCCUAUGCCAUCCGGUUUGAUGUGCUGGUCAAUGGAAAUGCAGGGAAGUUUAACAUGAUCCCUACUCUGAUCAACAUGGUAGCUGCCUUUACGUCAGUUGGAGUGGGCACCGUGCUUUGUGACAUCAUCCUCUUGAACUUCCUGAAGGGAGCAGAGCAAUACAAGGCCAAGAAGUUUGAGGAGGUAAAGUUUGAGGUAUCAGACACGGAGAUCGAGAACUCCAUAUCCAGCAACGAGCUGUAUCGGAGUAGAGAGCUGAUUGGAGUAGAGAAGCAGUCAAACGACUCAGGUGCCUUUUCCAUUGGACAAUGGAAUGGAGUGUUCGAGGGGAAAGGGGCGGGUGAUGGCAAUUUGUAGGUUUAGGGUGAUGUUGCGCCUAGACCCUAAUCUUGGGUCAGUUUAACAUUUUCCCCACUAAUGGUUAUUGUUAGGAUUGGGGAAGCUGAUCCUAGAUCUGUACCUAGGGGACACUUCACCCCGGAUAGAGAAUGCAUGUAUAUAUAGCAUUGUAAUAUUCCUAAUAUUUCACAUUAACCUGUAAUUUACCUGUAAUAUUUUCAUAGUGGAUGUUGUAUGUGUAAUCCUUAACUUUGCAUGUGACCCACCAUGGACUAUUGUAUUUGAACUCAUACCUCUACAAAGUGUUAAAGUCUACCAACAAUUUAAAUAAAAUGAUGU